AUGUGAGAUGACCAAUAAGGAAGUAGCCGUUGGAAUUGAUCUAGGUACUACAUACUCUUGCGUUGGAGUAUGGCAACAUGAUCGAGUUGAAAUCAUCGCAAAUGACCAGGGUAACAGAACUACACCCUCAUGUGUUGCUUUUACUGAUUUGGAGCGUUUCAUCGGUGAAGCUGCUAAAAAUCAGGCUGCUUUUAAUCCUGCAAACACUAUUUUUGAUGCUAAAAGGUUGAUUGGGAGGAAAUUUUCGGAUUCAACAGUGAAAGAUAAUAUGAAGUUCUGGCCAUUUACGGUGGUCGGUGAUUCUGAUGACAGGCCCAAGAUAGUUGUGAAUUACCGAGGUGUGGAGAAACGAUUCUCACCCGAGGAGUUGUCUUCCAUGGUUCUCUAUAAAAUGAAAGAAACUGCUGAGAAAUACUUGGGAAAGGAGGUAAAGAAUGCUGUUGUCACUGUCCCUGCGCACUUUAGUGAUUCACAGCGCCAGGCGACGAAAGAUGCAGCAAGAAUAGCUGGACUCAAUGUAUUGAGAAUCCUUGUUGAGCCGACAGCUGCUGCAGUUGCUUAUGGUCUUGACCAAAAGCUUACAAGUAGCUCAUCAGGGGAGAAUAUAGUUCUUGUUUUUGAUCUUGGUGGUGGUACUUUUGAUGUUUCUCUCCUUAAUAUUGCAAAGAAUAGCUGUAAAGUAGUGGCUACUGCAGGUGAUACUCACCUUGGAGGUGAGGACUUUGACAAUCGUUUGCUGAAAUAUUUAGUUGAGGAAUUUUCAAGGAAGCAUGGAAAAGACAUAAGUAAAAAUGCUAAAUCCUUGAGAAGAUUGAGAAAUGCUUGUGAAAAGGCGAAGAGGGUUUUAUCUCACAGUGCUAUGACAACAGUUGAUAUAGAUUCUUUGUAUGAGGGAAUUGAUUAUCAUGCAAAAAUUAGUCAGGCCAGAUUUGAGGCUUUAAAUUUGAAUCUAUUUAGAAGUUGUCUGGACACUGUAGAGAAGUGUUUGAGAGAUGCUGAGAUGGACAAAAACAAUGUACAGGAAGUUGUGCUUGUGGGUGGAUCUACUAGAAUUCCCAAAGUGCAACAGUUGCUGCAGCAGUUUUUUAAUGGGAAGGAACUUUGCAAGAAUAUAAAUCCUGAAGAGGCUGUUGCUUAUGGGGCAGCUGUCCAAGCUGCCAUAUUAAGUGGCAAGGGUAGUCAGAAUAUCAAGAAUUUGAUGGUGCUUGAUGUUACUCGACCCAUAAAUGGGCUUUCGAGUAAUGAUGAUCUCAUGGAUGUAAUUAUUCCGAGGAACACAACUUAUCCCAUUUCAGUGGAACAAACAUAUUAUAGAAUUAAAGAUGAUCAAAAAGCUGUUAGAAUUGGAGUAUACGAGGGGGAGAGUACAAGAGUGGCAGAUAAUAAUUUACUUGGGGAUUUUGUACUAUCUGAACUGCCUCCUGCCCCAAGCAGCAAAGAUGAUAUUUUGGUGACCUUUACAAUUGAUGCCAACGGGGUACUAAUUGUUUUUGCAGAGCAUAAGAGUUCUGGACUGAAGAACAGCAUUAAAUUUAUCAAAGGAGGAACGCUAUCAGAGGAGGAGAUUGAAGUGAUGGUAAAGGAUGCUGAACGUUUGAAGGCUGAAGAUGAGGAAUUCAGGAAAAAGGUCAAGGCAAUACUUGCAUUUGAGGAUUAUAUACAUAACAUGAAAGCCAUCAGCCAAAAGAACUGCAUGCUUGAAGCUUCUGUUAAAGAGAUGCUAAGUUAUUAUUUCAAGGAGGUAAUUGAAUGGCUAAACUCAAACAAGAAUGCUGAACUAUAUGAAUUCAAAUACAAGAAGCUGCAGCUCGAAGCAAUCUGCAAUAAAUUCAUUCCUGGCAGUGAAGGUAUGGAGAUUGAGGACUAUGAGUAA